UUAACACAGCAGUUUGUGAUGUUAGCCUGUUUUCUUGGACACUCCUAGCUUCUUAUCCCACUGCCCUGGUAAUUGCCUCAAGCCCCCCUCAGGAAACCAUGGCCGAGCAGGCCUCGGGAUCCCCUCUGUCGUCCCAACAUGACGAGGUGCUCCAGCAGCGAGUGGCAGCUCUGGAGCAGGAGAGGGCUGAGUUCAUCAGACGUAAGCAGCAGCUGGAGGCCGAGUUCAACCAGAAACGAGCCAAGUUCAAAGAGCUCUACCUGUCGAAGGAAGAGGAGUUGAAGAGGCAGACCGUGGCGCUGGAUGGCGCCCAGGCCGAGCUGAGCUCUGUCCAGACCCAGCUGGCUCAGGCCCGGGCCGAAAUAGAGACCAUCAAAGAGGUGGCCACCGUGUCGGAAAACACCAAGCAGGAAGCCAUCGACCAGGUCCGCAGCCAGUGGCAGGAGGAGGUGGCCUCGUUGCAGGCCAUCAUGAAAGAAACAGUGUGCGAGUAUGAGGUCCAGUUCCACCAGCGCUUGGAGCAGGAGCGAGCCCAGUGGAACCAGUACCGCGAGGCAGUGGAGAGGGAACUGGGUGAUCUGAGACGCCGCCUCACCGAGGGCCAGGAGGAGGAAAACCUGGAGGAUGAAAUGAAAAAAGCCCAGGAGGAUGCAGAGAAGCUUCGCUCAGUGGUGAUGCCCAUGGAGCAGGAGAUCGCAGCCCUGAAAGCCAAACUGACGACAGCCGAGGAGCGGGUGAAGGAACUGGAGGCCUCUAAGGUCAAAGAGCUCAAUCAUGUACUUGAGGCUGAGAAGUCGUGUCGCACAGACCUGGAGAUGUAUGUGGCCGUGUUGAACACUCAGAAAUCUGUCCUGCAGGAAGAUGCUGAGAAACUACGGAAAGAGCUCCAUGAGGUCUGUCACAAGCUGGAGUUGGAGCGGCAGCAGCACAAUCAGCUGAAACACACGUGGCAGAGAGCUAACGACCAGUUCCUGGAGUCUCAGCGCCUCCUCAUGAGGGACAUGCAGAGGAUAGAGAGCGUGCUGUCAUCUGAACAGCUCCGCCAGGUGGAGGAGAUGAAGAAGAAAGACCAGGAGGAGGAUGAAAUAGAGAGGCUGAGCCAAGUGAAAGAGCUGCACGAGGAGGAUGGGGGAGACAACACCGAGCCUUUGGAGGACUUAUUCCUCGGGCUGAACGUGGAGGAGUCCCAUGCCAACCACAGCGCCCACGGCUCGAUGCACUCGUUAGACACUGACGUGGUGGCGGGUGGCCCCAUGGACCCCUACAAAGACAACCUGCGGAGAGUUCAGUCGACAGACAGCCUCGGUUCCUCGCUGUCCGUCCAGCAGGGCCUCGGUGGCCAAAACCACAAGGCCAAGUCGGCCAGCAACUUGGACGAGUCGGACUUUGGGCCCUUGGUGGGGGCCGACUGCGGGGCGACAGACAGUAGUUUUGGCGAAACCUCGUCCAUCAGCUCAAUCAAGCUGACGGCGAGCCACUUCCUGCUGACUAAGGACCAGGAGAAGGCCAUCAAAGCCAUGACGCCUGAGCAGGAGGAGACGGCGUCGCUGUUGUCCAGCAUCUCCCACGCCCCUGACACUGCCUACUUACCGCCCACAGGCUAUAGACUGGUCAGCGACAGCGAGUGGAACCUGCUGCAGCAAGAGCUGAAAAACGCAGGCAGGAAGCUCGGCCGACGCUGUGACAUGUGCUCCAACUACGAGAAGCAGCUGCAGGCCAUCCAGGGGCAAGAGGCCGAGACACGAGAUCAAGUGAAGAAACUGCAGGUGAUGCUACGUCAGGCCAAUGAUCAGCUUGAGAGGACGAUGACUGAGAAACAGAAUUUGGAAGAUUCAGUCAAAUCAGGCAACGAAGAAACUGCUGCUAAGGUGUCUGCCCUCAUGCAGAGAGUCCAGGAGUCAGAAACGCUGCUCAGCACACUACAACAAGCCUUCAGUGAUGCUAAGAGGAACACACAGGAACAGAUGGCGGUGCUGGUGAAGUCGAGGGAGCAGGUGGCAGAUGAACUAAGCCGACUACAGAGAGACAACGAGAGCCUGCAGGGAAAACACAGGCUGCACGUUGAACUGCAACAACAAGAGGACUUCCAGAUGCCCAGUACUGUGCAAGAGCUACAAAGCCUGGUGUUGCGGUUGCGUGAGGACACAGUGGCGUUACGGACGUCUGCUGAUCACAUGGAGGAGAAGCUGAAAGCUGAGAUUCUGUUUCUGAAGGAGCAGAUCCAGGCAGAGCAGUGUCUGAAGGAAAACCUGGAGGACACGCUGCAGCUGGAGAUCGAGGGCUGUAAGGAGGAGAUAGACAUCUUGGAAGCUUCUUUCUCCAGUUUGAAGACAGAGCUGGAGCGAAUAAAAGCUGAGAAGGAACAGUUGGAGAGCAGUCUGGCAGAGAAGACUGAGACACUGGAGAGCAUCCAGGGCCUGAAGAGCAGCCUGGAGCAGCAGCUCAAAGAGCUCGCCACUGCAAAGAGUGCACUAGAGAGUCAGGUCCUUGAUGAGAGAGACAAAGCUCAGCGGCUGCAAACAGAGCUUGAUGUCAGUGAACAGGUUCAGAAGGACUUUGUCAAACUUUCCCAGACUCUUCAGGUACAGUUGGAGCGAAUACGACAGGCAGACUCCUUGGAUCGAAUCAGAGUAAUCCUCAACGACACCAACUUGACUGACAUCAACCAGCUUCCAGAGACAUGAUACCACAGAAUGAAAACUGCCUUCAGUUUCAUUCCCCUCUUUCUCUAUCACUGGCCCAAUAACAUUAUUGAUCUGACCCUUCCUCCUCCCCAUAACCUCCCCCCUGUGGAAGAGUUUGGAAGGACAAGGACAGAUGUGGCAUGAGGAGCUCAUGGCCUUUUGUGUACAUUAUAAGUCAUGGAACACACCACAGAUAGAAUAAUGAAGAAGAACACUACUAAAAAAAAAUGUAAAUAACUAAAUGUCUGACUAUGGACAGGGGGAGUGGAAGUCCAUCUUUCUGUGGGUCUGUCUGCGUCUUGUUUCUACUGUAGAUAUGACUGUCUGUAUUAGGCUCAACCAAAAAGGUUUGUCGUCUUCUAAAGCACUUUUCAUCUGCAACUUCUCUUUCCAGGUAAAUAGAAAACAAUUGGAUGCAUAAUUUUUCUCCUUCUGUUCUCAGAGCGGUUGAUAAUCGCUUCCUUGUUCCACUCGCUUGUUCUUUCCGUUUGUUUUUUUUUUUCCCCCCAUUUCUGGCUAUUUUUCUGUGGCAUUUUUCCACCUUGCUCUGUUCAUUUCACCUUGUGCAACCUAUGAUAAAGACACAAUGAAGGACGGAAAAUACUUGCACAUAACCUAACUAGGAUAUAAAAAAAAGGAACAUAACACAAAGCAAGCAAUACACUCCUUUUCUUAAACAUCCUCCUGCUGUACCUUGCUUUGGUCUUUGCUCUUAACAUCUGACAGAAGUCUUUUUUUUUUUAAGUCAUGUUCAAAGUUGUGGGUUUUGUUUUUCAAAUUCCCACUCGUUUCUUGAUCAUCAAGAAAACACUAGUAAACCCAGUUUGUGUCAGGUAAAGAAAAUUGUUAGGGGAAAAGGACAAAUGAUGAGGUGUCAACAUUAAAGUGUAAAUGGAAAAUAAC